UGACAACAGAAACGAAUGGUUGAAAACGAAAAAACGAAAAACGAUGAAGACAUUUUUGGGAAAACGUUGGACCGCAAUAUUUCCUCAAUAGGCAACACAAGUACGUGCCCUUCUGCUACUUUUCGGCAGGCAUUAAUCCGGCCGCCAACUGGUCCUCCCUCCUUUUCUACGUCCCCGAGCAAGGCCGACGUAAAGAUGAAUGACACAGUGACAGUCAGGACCCGCAAAUUCAUGACGAACCGGCUGCUUCAGAGGAAGCAAAUGGUCGUCGAUGUCCUGCAUCCUGGCAAGGCCACAGUUCCCAAAACUGAAAUCAGGGAGAAGCUUGCCAAGAUGUACAAGACCACUCCUGAUGUCGUUUUCGUCUUUGGCUUCAGCACUCAGUUUGGUGGUGGCAAGACAACCGGCUUUGCCAUGGUGUACGAUUCCCUAGACUAUGCUAAGAAGAAUGAGCCCAAACACAGACUGGCAAGGCAUGGUCUCUAUGAGAAAAAGAAGACCUCAAGGAAACAGCGUAAGGAACGCAAGAACAGAAUGAAGAAAGUACGAGGCAUCAAGAAGGCCAGUGUGGGCGCUGCUGGCAAAAAGUGAGCCUGAUCAGCCUAAGAUGGUCUUCGUGCUCAACAUGUUCUUGUAUAUUGUCAUCAAAUAAAAGUUUCGAAAAAAAUGGGAAAACAA